UGAAGCACUUUAGCUAACUGAUUGAGCAUCUAAGCCACACGAUAAAAUUUUUUGUGUCAAGCUAAAAGUAUUCCAAGUCCUAAAAAUUUUUUCUUAAUUAAAAGUCACCUAAUUAUUGUUAACUAAUAAGUCAAUUAAAUUUGAAAAUAUAAGUUACGUUACAUCAGUAUCAGAAAUGAAAUGUGAUUUCGUUAAAUUUGUUUUAAAAUGUUUUUUACUAUCGUGUGAAAUAAGAAACACUUGAAUUUUAUAUAUAUUUUUUAAAAAUAUUAAAUUUAAAAAUUGAUUUAAAAUUAGUAAAAUGUCUUUGAAGCAAAGAAUAAGUGGAGCAGUCGCUGUCUUACGAGGCGCUCAAAUUCCAGAAUCGCAAUUAAAUGUCGAAGCUACGGAGAAAGAAGAAAAAACUCCUGAUCCUGAUAAGCCUAAACGUCAUAAUUUAAAUAGAUUUACUAAAUGGCUUUCAAUGAAUCUAUUACUGGUACUAACAAUCGUCGGAGUAUUUACUGGCUUAGGACUAGGGUUUCUUGGACGCUUAGCAAAUUUAUCAUCGGACACAAUAAUGCUUGUAAAUUAUCCUGGUGAAAUUCUCAUGCGUUUACUAAAAAUGUUUAUUUUACCUCUAAUUAUUUCUUCAUUAAUUACCGGAAUGGCUCAUAUGGAUCCUAGAAGUUCCGGAAGAAUGGGUUAUAGAGCACUGACUUACUACACAGUGACUACACUUCUAGCUGCAAUUGUCGGAAUCGCUGUAGUCAUCACUAUUCAUCCAGGUGAUCCACGAAUUAAAAAUUCUGUCUCUACAACUUCAGCCUUCUCUUCAGAUGCUUCAAAAGUUUCUACUCUAGAUGCUCUCUUAGAUAUUGGACGCAAUAUGGUCCCAGAGAAUUUAAUCCAAGCAAGUUUUCAGCAAGUCCAAACUACGUAUGUUAAAAAACCAGUUAUUGUAGUAUUUGGACGAAGCAAUAACAGUGAAACUGUAAUUGAACGUACACUUAUUUACAAAGAUGGAACUAAUGUGUUAGGAAUGAUUGUAUUUUGUAUAACUUUUGGAAUUCUAGUAGGUCAAUUAGGUCCUAAAGCACAAAUAAUGGUUGAUUUUUUUGGCGCGCUCAAUGAAAUAAUUAUGAAAAUUGUUCAUCUCGUUAUAAUUUGGUACUCGCCUUUUGGAAUAAUGUGUUUAAUAGCCGGUAAAGUUAUGUCUAUUGAUAAUAUCGUAUCAACUGCACAAAUGUUAGGUUUUUAUAUGAUCACAGUAGCAAUUGGUUUAUUAAUUCACGGCUUAAUAACUCUUCCACUAAUAUUUUGGGUAAUAACUCGUAAAAAUCCAGCGACUUUCUUCAAAGGAAUGGUUCAAGCUUGGAUUACAGCAGCAGCAACUGCUUCAAGUGCAGCUGCAUUGCCAAUAACAUUUCGAUGUUUAGAAGAAAACAAUAAAGUAGAUGCUCGCGUUACUCGGUUUGUUGUUUCUGUAGGAGCAACUGUUAAUAUGGAUGGCACAGCAUUAUAUGAAGCGAUUGCUGCUAUUUUUAUAGCACAACUAAAUGGAAUAAAUUUAAGCUUUGGUGAUAUUGUAACAGUCAGUUUUACUGCCACGCUUGCAAGUAUCGGAGCUGCUAGUAUACCAAGUUCGGCUUUGGUAACAAUGUUACUAGUGUUAACUGCCUUAGGACUGCCAACAAAUGAUGUUUCUCUUCUAUUUGCUGUCGACUGGUUACUAGAUCGAUUGAGGACUUCAGUAAAUGUUCUCGGUGAUGGCUUUGGGGCAGGAAUAGUUUAUCAUUUGAGUAAAGAUGAACUUGAUUUAGUAGAUCAAGCUAAAAAAAUGGAAUCUAUGGAAUUAGGCGACACCGAAGAUGAAAAUUCCGAAAUUCAUCCCCAAGUUGUUAAUAUAUCGGAAACAAAAAUAUAAACUAAAGUUGAUGAUAAGCUAAAGAAAAUUAUAAUUAAUAUUUU